AUGUCGCGUCAACAAACUAUUCCAAAUUUUCCGUCCCGUCAUCGUUUUGCGGUUAGCAUCUCUGCUCGUUUCAUUGUCGCAUUCUUGUGCCUGCGCGCGAAGGUGCCUGUGUGGGGGCGCGUUUCGCGAAUGUUUGCAAACAAAAGACGUUUACACAACAAACAACGCGUUUUCCCUGGUGGUUUUUUUCGCGUGCCACCGCCUUGGAGGCGCCCACAUCACUGCAGCUUCCUUGUCUCAGCCUGGGACGCGUCCCACGAACGCGUACGCACCUCGCAAGGGGGUGGAAUACGGACACCGCGUUUGCAGCAAUUUUCAUCUUUGGUACCGAAUCGCGAUCCAUAUGGAAAAAGUAUAAAGGGGACCGGUAAGCCCCUUGGAUCUUGUCAUUCACAUCUUUCCACUCGUUUUCAUUACAAACUCAUACAUUCAUUAUGCAAUACACCGUUUUAUCUGCUUUGGGUUUGGCUUCUAUGGUCGCCGCUAAGUCCACCAUCACUGCCGUCGACACCGUCACCGAACACCAUACCACCGAUGUCACCGUCACCCACUGCUCGCACGACGCUUGCUCCACCACCGUCCAGGCUCACACCCAGACUGUUGUCACCGAAACCGUCAAUGGUGUCAAGACCGUUUACACCACCGUUUGCCCUCUCACCGAAGAGGCAUCCACCGUGGCCCCCGCUUCCACCUUGGCUCCGGCUUCCACUGUUGAAGAAGAGAUUGUGA